AUGGCUACUCCUAACCUUCUCACUAUCCCUGUCGAGCUUCGGGAGUUGAUCUACGGCUUCCUCUUCAGUUCUUACACCGUCCUCCGUGGCUUCCAGCAUACCAGCAAGCCAGAAGCGCAAUCUAGCUCCUCACCUCGUGCAGCCUUGCUGCUCACAUGCCGCCAAAUUCACGCCGAAGCCUGGCGCCACCUCCCAUUGAAUUGCACCCUCCACUUCCGCGAUACGGAGAACAUACUCGAUACCCUCCUAUCUGUUAGCCAAAGCGUUGUUACCCGGCUUCGUUACCUCCGUGUUCGCGCCUUCCCAUUUCCGCUCUAUGCAGACGACAAGGCAGGAUACUAUCCCACGUACUACUUCGCCAAUGCAUUGAGCCUGCUUCCAGGCCUCUGCCUUGAUGUACUAGAAGUUGAGGACUGCUGGCAUGGCUGCGGACAGGGCGAUGGCUGGCGCGACGUCACCACGUACAUGGAUAUCGAAGCCUUGUUGAAGUGUGAUGCAUGGAGGAAACUCGUCUACACAACCCCAUGCACCGAUUUCAUCGCCUCGGGCUACGAUCACCGACAGAAACGGCAGCAGCAGCCAGAGAACUGGGAUGCUCUACUCAAGGCACGCGAUGGCGAAGCAUCGGGGGCGAAUGUGCAGAUGUGGAUAGUACCCACCAAACAAGGCGACGCUAGAGAUGAAGACCGAACAGAAGAUGGCCGCAAAAUGCAUGAAUGGUCCGCGCGGCCGGGACACGAGAUCAUCCAGAACUGGCGACUGGCAGGGCCAGAGCAGAGCCUUAAAGGCGAGGUGAGGAUUGUUGCAACACGGGGGAAGAGAGCGAGGGCUGUGCAGUUGGGGUUACAGGAGAAGAUGGGAUGGAGGGAUCUGAAGGAGCAGGAGGGUGGAUUCGUUAGAGAAGAUUGGAACCCUUACCACAACGACAUGGCUGAUGCAAUGGGUUGGAUGUAUGGAGGUUGGAGCAGGAGAAUGCACCUUGCCAGCCAGGCCAUGAGUGGCUGA